AAAGCUGUAACGCCUGCGAAACGUCAAUCACUUUUCCCCCGACACUCAGACCUGUUCAGACAGGUAACACGAUUCGGUGUUUCCUUUGUACACGGAACAAAUGUACCGACCAUAGAUCAGACGUGAAUGGAUUUUGCGAGAGAAGGAGAGAGAGAGAGAAAGAGAAAAGCAUGGCUUUGCCAUUGAACUAUAUGGAUUUUCUUAAACAAUAACGAAUGAUGAGACAUAUUCGAGAGAAAUGAGGAUUUUCAGAUGCCCUGCCUGGAUUGAUAUAGUGACGAGAAACGCGGAGUAGCACCAAACAAAGAUGAGCGCACGCCGCCGGAAGAAGGACGAGAAACCUCCGCCGGCCACGGGCCCGGGCAGCAAGAUUAUCUCACUGCCGGAACCUCUGAAAAAAUUCUACAUCAAACGGAUGCCGGACACGAACCGGGUGCACCUCAAGUUCGGCACGGCCAACAUGGUUCGUCUGCCCAUCGAGAUCUACAUGAACGAAGAGGUGUGUUCGCUGGCCGUGCAGUUUACGGCGGAGAACAACCGGAUCAAGAAGAUUCCCAAGUCGCUGGGCAACCUGGAGCACCUGCAGCUGAUCGACAUCAGCAACAACAACCUGUCGUCGUUCCCGGCCACCAUCUCCAAGUUGAAGAAGCUGUACUCGCUGGACAUCACCAACAACAACAUCAAGUCGCUGCCGCGGCCCAUCCACAAGGCCACGUCGCUGAAGGUGCUCAAGGCGUCCAACAACCGGCUGAGGGGCCUGCCGAAGAACAUCGGCAAGUCGCCGUCGCUGGACUUCAUCGACGUCUCGCACAACCUGAUCAAGUCGCUGAAGAAAGGCAUGUACGAGCUGCCGGGCUUCAUCAACCUCAGCGACAACCGCAUCACGGAGAUACCGCCCGUGAACGUAAAAAAUCCCGUGAUCAAGCGGAUCGACCUGUCUCACAACUCGGUGGCCUUCAUUCCAGACUCCGUGAGCAAGCUGAGGUGUCUGACGUGGCUCAACCUGUCGCACAACUCCCUGGACGAGCUUCCGCCGCAGAUAGGCAUGGUGAAGUAUCUGUAUUACCUGAACGUGUCGAACAAUUCGCUGAAACUCCUUCCAGAUGAGCUGUGCAGUCUGGGCUACGCCCUGGACACGUUUGACGCCUCCAACAACGAGAUCGCCGUCCUGCCCAACGAUCUCGAGAAACUGAAGAAGCUCAAGGUGCUGAACGUUGCCAACAACCAGAUCGAGUUCGUGCCGAAAGGAAUAAACGAACUGAAGUACAUCGAGACGGUGAACGUGUCCGGAAACAAGCUUAACUCGAUGAAGUUCGCCGUCAGUCUGGGCUCGCUGGAGCACCUGUACAUCUCCUCGAACAUGGUGGAGGUCAUCCCGGAGGAGAUCUCUCAGAUGAGAUCCCUCAAGACGCUCGACGUCUCCGACAACGGGAUCAGGGAGCUGCCGGGAGCCGUGGGGAAGAUAAAGACUCUGAAAUCUCUGAACGUGUCGAAAAACAAAAUCUCCGUCCUGCCCGACUCGCUGGGCCAGGAGCAGAUCCUCCAGUUCCUCGACAUCUCAUACAAUCGCCUGGCCUCCAUCCCGACCGACCUGCGAAAGCUGCGCAACCUCGAGACGUUCCGGAUGAGCCACAACGAGAUCGCGGCCAUGCCGAAGAGUGUCGACCACCUGUACCAACUGCACACGUUCGACGUGGCCAACAACGCCCUCACAGAGCUGAUCAUCCCUAAACCCGUGUGCAAGCUCUACCUGUCGCAGAACCCGCUGGUCAUCAACCCGGAGGAGAUUAAAUCGGCCAUGGUGAUGAUCGGCGACAAGGACCACCUGAGGAACCUCACCCACCUGGAGAUCAGCCACCUGCAGCUGGACGAGAUCCCGGCGUCCGUCUUCAACCUUCGCCUGCUCGCCCACUUGAACGUGUCCAACAACUGCAUCUCCUCCCUCACCGCCAACAUUGGCAAGCUGCGGGCGCUGCUGUCCCUGGACGCCAGCAUCAACGAACUGACGGAGCUGCCCGUCGAGAUCAGCGCCCUGUCGAAGCUUGAGCGUCUGAUCCUGGCCAACAACACGAUCGCCGAGUUCUCUCCAGAGAUCCCGAAGCUCGUAUCACUGGAGGAGCUGGACAUGUCGUUCAACGCGAUGAAGCUCCUCCCGGACCACUUCGGCGACCUGAACAAGCUCAUCCGGCUCGACCUGUCCAACAACGAGCUGCUCACGUUUCCCAUGGACCGCAUCGACGUGCUGGCCUCGCUGCACGAACUGAACGUGUCCAACAACCACAUCGACCAGAUGCCCACGGGCUUCCCGUACCUCUACAGGCUCAAGAUUCUCGUGGCAUCCGGCAACGACAUCAAGAGUCUGCCAGGCGAGUUCGAGAGGAUGAGGAACCUGGAGAUCCUCGACUUCUCCGACAACGUUCUAGAGGCCCUGCCCGAGAGCAUCUGCAAGCUGCCGGCCAUCAAGCAGCUGAACGUGUCCGACAACAAGAUCGUGCUCGGCUUCCCGCGCGCCUGGGAGACGCUCAAGCAGAAGGCGAACGUGACGUCAGACACACAAUCCUCGCACAAGUCUCGCGAGGAGCGAGACCGGCCCAAGAAAGAGGUCAUAGAGGAUUCGCCCAAGAGCAGCAGGAAGAAGAAGCGCGGGAAAGGCGCCAAGUCAGCGCCACCUGGCAACUGACCUGUAUCAUCGUUGAUUCCACCACCCUACCUGAAAACUCUAAAAGAAUUAACACUUAUGGUUUCUUUCGUUUUUCUUUCUUUUUUUUUCUCUUUUUUUUGUUAUGUUUUUUGUUUUGUUUUGUUUUGUUUUGUUUUGUUUUGUUUUUUGUUUAACUGAUUGAGCAGGGCCAGGGGAAAUCGGAGUUUGGGGACAAUAGACUAGUUUUCCGAUGGACAAUUAUAGUGUCCUGCAAUUUCUUCCAAAACUGUAAAGCACCUAAAAUAAUACCAUUCGUGUUUCCCCACCCUACCUUCCUCCCAACACUAUUAAAAAUAUAUACAUAAUGAAAUACAAUUUUGUACUUCUUUUUUUUUCAAAGCAAAAACACAAUUAUUUUCUACUGAUUUAUUAAAAUGAAAAAAAAUAAAAUAAUAAUAAAAAUCUAUUGCUAAGAAAAUUGAAUGAUAAAUGAUUAUAUUUGAUGGUGUUCUAAACUUCAUAUACCCUUCUAGUAUUACAUAUUCCACGCCCCUUACAGCUCCCUCCCCCAGUAACUCGAAUAACCUUAUUUUGGGGUUUGGUGUAAAUGUGCGUUGAUAUUUAAAGCAUGUUGCCUGGGUGAUUCAUUGGUCGUGUAUAGUCGGCUGGUUUUUUGUUCUAUGGUUAGAUUCCCCCAGUAACUCGUGUAACCCGAUUUUUAGGUUUGGUGUAAAUGUACGUUGACCUUUAAAGCAUGUUGUCUGGGUGAUUCAUUGGUCGUGUAUAAUCAGCUGGUUUUUGUUCUAGAGUUAGAUGUAUUACUACGCCGUACUCUAGAAAUGAAUAUAUUACUACGCUAUAACUUUUGGUUUAUAAGCAAUCUGUGAUCAUUACAACAGUAAGUAUCUAUGCAAAUGAAGAUCAUUCCAAUGAUAACGAUAAGACUUUCGUUUAUUUGAUACCGUUGUUAUUAUUAUAAUACUAGUCAGGGGCGUAACUAGACUUUUGAAACCACUCAAAAUCGUGUCAUUCAGUCACUAGUAAUUCCAAUCUGUAAAACUUAUUUUCUUACAAACGCUUGUAUUGGUCAAAUUCGUAUGAUGUAAUUACGACUGUCAUAUCUUCAUGAAACCCAAGCGUUGAAUGACGUUGGGGAUUCCCAUAAAGUGGAGCGUUAAUACGUAACGUUGAGAAUUUAGUGCGAUUGUUGAAGAAGAAAAAAGUGUACUCAACAGAAUUAUUUUGUACUCAAAUGAGUACAUUGCGUACACGUAGUUACGCCCCUGCUAGUAAUUAUGUUUAUAUACACACAGAAGUUCGAAUUGGAGUUUCUAAAGACUACUUUCAUGUUAAACCAUUUCAUUGUUUAACUCUUUCCAGGAUAUCAGUAUAUUUAACAUGUUAAUGAUAUGUACGAGAUUUUUCUUAACGGUUUUAAUAUACUGUUUAAAAUGA